AUGUGUCAAAGGGAAUGCGUCUUCUUUGGUUUCAACUCUCAAAUGAAGAAAUGUCGUACCCACAAGAAAAGAUUAACAUCUGAGAUGUCUGAUGAGGCCGGUUGGAGAUACUACUCUGUUAACUUUAUUCCCUUAGAUUGUAAGGAUCUUCACGCAGAUGGUUACACUGAUACAGGGGUGUAUGACAUUUACCCCCAUGGCACAAUUACCAGUCCUGUCAGAGUUUUCUGCGACAUGGAGACAAUGGGCGGAGGAUGGACGGCAAUUCAGAAACGCGUAAACGGAUCCCUGAGUUUUAACAGGACCUGGACGGAAUAUAAGAAUGGUUUUGGUUCACCUGAACAGGACGUCUGGGUUGGAAAUGAUAUAAUCCAUCAGUUAACAAAAGAAAACAACUCAUUCCUCUAUGCUGCCAUCACUCUCCACAAUGGUACAAGGCUGUAUGAGUUGUACGAUCGAUUCUCGAUCUCCGAUGAAACAGAAAAAUACCAACUCUUUCUUGCAGGACCGGCCACGGGAACCUUAGCUGCUGAAAAAAAAAAGAGACAAAGAGACAUGUUUCUCUAG